GCUCUAUUGAGCUGUGAGGCUGCGCGCUGCGCUCGCUGUGCGCUGAGGCUCGCGCUCUGUUCUGUUUCUGCGCGCGGUUCUGUGUUUCUGCGCGUUUCCGCGCGGUCUGAGCUUCAGAACCACUGCGCUGUGCUGUAGUUGGAGCGGUGUGGGGGCACGGAGGGCACGGGGGGCUUUCUGCUGGACCUUGGGUAGCCUGUAGGAGGGACCGACCCGAGCUGUGAGCCGGCGGCGGGCGGAGCUGGAGGAGCUGCGCUGCGCUCGAGGAUCAACUCUCGCCAAGUUGGACUUUUUUUUAUACCAGAAGACCCUCCUGAACUCCUCCUGCACUCCUUUUACACUGUGUUUUUUACCGGAAUAUCUUGGGAACAGACGCAGACUCACAGUGGGACCGGACCUCGGGUUUAUUAUAAUACAUAAAUAAAGCGCUGUGUGUUUCCUGUUGUGCGUGGCGGUGUGUCUGUGUGUCAGUGAGCCGCAGGUAAACACGGACUGCCCGCCCACAGACUGACUGUCCCUGUCCACAACAGCAGCUUUUUACCAUGAGCUGCAGCUGAAACCGGACCUGUUCCCCCUUACUGUCCCAUGAAGCUGAGUGUGAGCCCCCCGGGCUGGAGCAGCAGUAUGAGACCCCUUCAGCUGCUGCUGCUGGCGGCUGAACUCCUGCUGCUCUCCCCGGCCCCGUGCGCGCAGGCUGCGGCCAUCAGCCAUGGAGCAGUAAGCGACAUGGUGAGUGGGCUUGACUUCGCGGGCGUGGGUAACUUCAGCACAUUCCUGUUGGACCAGUCGUCUGGGAUGCUGUACCUGGGGGCGAGGGAUGCGAUUGUUGCCGUGGAUACCGCCAACCUAUCAAAGAGGCUCAAGAUUGUAUGGAGUGUUCCAGAGGAUAAGAGGAAAUCCUGUGUGGCUAAAGGAAAGACUGAGGCUGACUGCAAUAACUACAUCCGUCUGCUGGAGUUUCUGGGAGACGGACGCAUCUAUGCCUGCGGGACGUAUGCCUUCGACCCCCAAUGUGCCUUUGUGAACAUAUCUUCAUUCUCUCUUGAGAAACUAGAAGAUAACAGUGUGAGGAUGGAGACUGGGAAGGGGAAAUGCCCCUUUGAGCCUAGCCAACACUAUACUGCAGUCAUGGCAGGGGGCGUCCUAUACACUGCUGCUACCAGUAACUUCCUGGGCACGCUCUUCGACAUCUCCCGGGCAACAGGCCCUGAGCAGGAGCGCAUCCGGACAGAACGAUCCAUCAACUGGCUGAGUGAUCCAGAGUUUGUCAGCUCUGCUUUCAUUCAAGAGAAUGAAAAGAACAACCCAACAGGAGAGGACGAUAAGAUCUACUUCUUCUUUACUGAGGUGGCCAAAGAGUACGAUCUGUACACAAAGGUCAAAGUACCCAGGGUGGCUCGAGUGUGUAAGUCUGAUAUCGGGGGUAUGAAGACCUUGCAGAGGCGCUGGACAACAUUUCUGAAGGCUCAGCUAGUCUGUGAGGACCGAGCAAGUGGUCAACGCUUUAAUGUUCUGACAGACGUCUUCACCAAACAGCACCAGCUUGGAGAUCCCAGCAGCACACAAUUCUAUGGCAUUUUUACUUCACAGUGGGAGAGGGAGGAGAUGUCUGCUGUGUGUGUUUACAGUCUGGAAGACAUCUCUAAGGUAAUGGAUGGACCCUUUAAAGAGCUGAAGAAGAGCUGUGAGAACUGGAUGAAUCCAGAGCCAGUUCCCUCACCCAGACCAGGCCAGUGUCUUAAUAACGCUCUAAAGACAGAAGGCUUUGAAUCAUCUCUGAAGCUGCCUGAUAAAGUGCUAACGUUCAUGAGAGACCACCCUCUUAUGGAGAACAGUGUGGUGUCGGUGCCUCUGCUGGUCAGGAGUGGAGUUACGUACACCAAGCUGGCUGUGACUUUGACAACUGUGUCCAAUGGCAACACCAGGCAAAAUGCUACUGUACUUCAUCUGGGAACAGAUCGUGGGGAGCUUCACAGAGUUGCAGUAGUGGGUCAGAAUGCAACUCUAAUGCAAGAACUACCUCUAUUUCCUGCUGCAGAACCUGUCAACAACAUCCUGCUAAACAAGGGUAAGGCUAUAGUAGGUUCUCCUCACUCUCUGGUGAGGUUACCUGCCGAAGGCUGUUCCCUCUACACCACCUGUGAAGAGUGUGCUCGUGCACGUACACUCGGAUGUGUGUGGAGACAAAAAGAGGGUGCCUGCGACCUGGCCGUCACUGAACCUGGUGAGGGGGUGGAGCCUGAAUACUCUGACAGCCAGUGUGGAAAUGGUGAGGAUCGCUGCAGUCCAGCAACAACCGAGCUGCGUGUAGUGGAAGGCCUCCGUGUGCUGCUGUCCUGUGUGCAGGUGUCCCCUCGCCCCUGCCACUGGAAGUACCCUCCUCAGAGACACGCCCGCCGCCACCACUCCGACCUGGAGGUGCGGGUCACUCCGGAAAGCCUGGGUAACUACGAGUGCGUGUGCGAGGAGGCCGGACGGGAUCAGCCACCCUGCCGCAGGGCUGCGUACUCCCUGACCCUGGAGGAGCCCGUCACUGGCAGCAAUACUGGCCAAAAAGGCAGCCGUCACUUCGUGGUGGGGUACCUGCUGUUCUUCUUCAUCGGCUUCUUUCUGGCUUGUGCAAUCUUUAUCAUCCGAUUGAGACGUAGCAAACGAGGAGGUGGCCAUUCUUCUUCUAUCUCAGAAAAGGGGCGGGACUUGUUGCCCUCCUCAGACACGCCCCAGUCCCCCAGCAGCGCUAGUCUGCUCUCGGAAGCAGUUCCGUUCACUGAGAAAAGGAAUGGGACACUUAACGGACACGGCAACCACGGAGGCCAUAUGAUCGUGCAAAACUGCACUCAUAUCUAUUCCAACUCCAGCGGACUUAAGCUACAGGAGUCAGCCGUCAAUCUGGCUGAAGAGCUGGACGGACGAGAAAGGGCGGGGCCUGAGGGAGAGGAGGAGGGACUUGGGGAGGGGCUUAGUGAGUUGGGGGAUGGACUAGUAGGAUUAGAGGAAGAAAUGGCUAAGCUGCAGGUGCUUAGAGGAGCACCAUUGGCACAGUGUGAAGAGAGCUCUAUCUGAGAGCAGAAUAUUAGGACUGGGCACGCAAACACACAAACACACACACACACAUCAUUAUUUAUGUGUUUGUGGACUGAUGUGUGCAAAGGCUGGGGGAGCAAAGCGAUACAGAAAUAAGAGGUAGUGUACAUACAUGCAUACAUACAUACAUACAUUACAAAUGCAAACUCUCUCUUGAGCCUAAGCAGAAACAUAUAUAUAUAUAUAUAUAUAUAUAUAUAUUUAUAUAUAUAUAUACACACACACACAAAUACACACACAGAAACACAGUCUCUCUCUCAUUGUGUAUCCGUUCGGUCUUUCAAAGCUUUUUUUCUAUCUCUAAAGCUAGUCAGCCCGUCUUUAUUUAUAUGUAUGUAGCACUGUGUGUGUUCAUGACUGUGUGAUAUUGUUUCACAGUGCGUUUGACCAGCUCUCACCACUGUGCUCAGCCAUCUCCGACACACUCACAGACACUUACACGUGUAUUUGUGUGGCACAUGUGCAUGUUGUAGUACGUAUCUCAGCUCUUCUCAGCCCAGAUCUGAGCUGAUCUAAAUCCAUACAGAUCUGAAAGCUCAGAACCUGAAACUGGACCAAACCCUAAUAUUUGACUACUGAACACCAAAAGAUCUAUCUAUAAGUUCUGAUCAGGUUGUCUCCAAAACUGCUGAUUGACAAUGAAGAGAAAGUCUCAGACAAUGUGCGGUGAUGCUCAGAUCAAAGCUGGGGCUGACAAGGUGCCCCACCCUAACGACAACCACAGGUUGGAAUACAGAUGUGCACGCAUGUGUUCCUCCACAGACUUGUAACAGUGAAGACGUGAUGAAGGACUGUCAGAAGAGCCUGUUAAAGGAAGUGCCUCGGCCCACUGCACUCAAGAAGAAGAGCAGGACAGAGAAGAAAAAGAAUGCAGAAUCUGACCGUUCUCUGCUUUUAUUCUCUUUAGUUCUGCUGGCACUAAGAUGAGUACGAAGAAAAAGAAGAUCUAUCUGUGUUUUUUUCUUUCUUUCUUUUGUUUCGUCUAUAACUGAUAGCAUAAUGAAGGCAGCAGGGACUGGCAGCUGUACUUCAUUGGCUGCUGCCUAAGUCAGCCUUCAUCUGAAGGAUAUACAUACAGUAUAGAUAAAUUCAGAUGAAGGCUCAGAGUUCAGCUGACAAUACAUCCAGAGUGAAAGAUUACACAAUUUAAUAUAAAUUAAAUUAAUCUAAAGAGAAAACUUGACUCAGCAGCAGAAACAUCUGCCGUUUUGGGUUCUUCACUAACUGGUAGUUUCCACAUUAAUGGACUCGACAUGGGCCGUAAAUCACUGGUCCCAACAGCACAACUUGUACCAGGGACGCUAUUAAAGAAAAAGAACUGUGAUAUUCAGAGCAAAAAAAAGACAGCAGUAUAUGAUUCUUUCAUUUGUUUUCUUAUGGAACGUGAAUGUCUUCUUCUAAGGUGCAAAUGUAAUCACCAAAGUAAACGGAGGAGGAUAUUCAGAAGAGGAGUGCGAGUCCAAAAAGAGUAAUGUUGAAGGUUUUGAGCCUGUCAAGUGGUAAAAGCUGUCUACACUCUUAAGACUAGAGAUUUACUUGCUCGUUGGUCAUAUGUUUGCGUAAACAACUGGCUGUGUAAUGAACGUACUUAAUCACAUAUUUGUCAGAAAUAUGUGCUGCUCAUGUUACUGGAGGCUUGUGUCUGCACCUUGCAUACAUGUUACCUUAAUAUCUGUGUAUGCACAAAAUCAAUGCACCAAACAGAUGCAGGAUACAUGAGGCAGCCAUCACGUGCACAUUAAUGCGUAGUUACCAGCAAGUACAUCUCUAGCCUUAAAGAAAGUGGUAUGUUCAGUAGCCAUAACAAUGUAUGUUUUAAAUGUUUGUAUAUGUGCGUAUGUUCCUUUUUAUUUUUUAUGUUAAUGUCAUGUUAUUUUUUCCAGUUAACCCUUCCUUUCCAGAACUAGAGGGUGUAACAAUCUAAAUACUUUGCUGUUGUAAAUGCAUGUCACUGCCAUUUGUCUUCAGAAGGUGGAACUCUCUCGUCCCUCGGUUUAAUAUUUUCAUUUCUUGUUUUUAACAGGACUGUGUAAAGGGAAGGUAACACUCAGGGCAGUGGAUACAGGCUAUUUAUCUUACAUAUCUUACAGUCAGCACUUAGUAGCAGGAUAAGCACAGGUACAUAUUUAUAAUAAAAAGAAAUACUGCCCUUUUGUUCAUUUUAAAUGUGCUGUUACAGAUAAAUCUAUAACUGAGUGUUACAUUCCCUUUUUCUUUAUUUUGAAUAAAUAACUGUAUUGUUAAUUGUUGUACAAAUGUUAUAUUAAGGUUUUAUUUUUAUAAUUUAUAUAAUAAAGAUAAUUGUACAUUUGUUUUCACCCUUUAUUGCAGAUGUUCGUGUGAGGAUGACAGUGAGAAUGCAUUGUGAUGUUUUUUUUAAUAAAAAAAUAUCCUACCUCCUAU